AUGAAGAAGCUGGUUAUCGUCGUCGCGAUGGCGGUGGCUGUCGUCGCGUACAAAGACAGAAGAAACAGUGCUUCGGAAGAUUUUCCACCUUACCCGGAGACCAGAUACGCUCCGCCCUUCCACGAACAUCAAUCUUUUCGGGAAUCGUUCAGGCCGCAACAAUAUCAAUCGUAUCGACGUCGACCCUAUCGACAGGAAUUGUCUUCGUUCUCCGAGCAGCUGUCUCUUAGAGAUCAGUCGUUGUUAAGAGAUUAUUCGUCACCGAAAGGCCGACCUUUCUACGCUGACGACUCAUUCUUAAGGGAUACGAAAUUCAAGGGGCAGUCGUUUGUCUCCGAUGAGACGUUCAAAGAUCGUGCCAGGCUCAAGAACGAUCAGAUUCUUCAGGAUCAGUCCGCGAACGAUCAAUACUCCUAUCAGCAGCCAGCUUUCCGCGAUGACUUUCGCUUCGCGGACUUGUACGACAAACCCAUUAAUUCUUACAGAGAGCAGCCUGAAAACUCCGACUACUUGAAACACGGGAACCAUGGACUCGGUUAUAUUCCUGUGCCGCCAAUUUCACCGUACGAGAACGCUCUGCCAUUGAACGACGUAACAUCCACGACGAUGACACCGUCGAUGGAUCCUACAACCACCCACCAACAGUCUACCGUCGCUGCAGCUAUCGCCCAAGUUCACACGUCUGCAACUUCCGAGCCGAAAAUGGCUUCGCUGAAGGCAUCGCAUACGGUGACAAUACCAACCGUGAAAUCCGAUACGCUGGCGGAAGCUACUACCACGUAUAGUCCAUUAAUAACCACGAGCGCUGCCAUAUUGGUCACUACGAACCAGUCCUCGAACCUGGUUGAUCCACAGUCGACUCUGACCACCGAGGCUAGCUUACCUGUCAUGGCCACGGAAUCUCCGCUCUUAUCCUUCGGACGACAAACUCUUCCGCCGAUUGAAUUUCAAUCGUCCAAGUUUACGACGCCUACGUCCUACUACUUCCCUUCCAGCAUGAAGAACAAACUGCAGCAGUCUUUGCUCAGCUAUCUGCUGUCGCAACAGGCGAAAAGCCCGAUCAAACUCAACGAGCAGACCUCGCUGUCAAACUACGUGUCACCAGAUGUACUGAGCAACAGCCUGGAUAACAAGAUCCCAGGCUCGGUAGUGAACUACGUACUUCCGGAGGAGUCGAAGGCUACUCUGAAGGGCAACUUGCAGAGUUCUCUAUUGAACUAUCUCCUGCAGCAGGAAUCGAACCGUGGACUAUCUUUCCAACAAUCUUCUCCGGAAGCUCUGAAUUUCGUGUCCCUGGCCGCCCUCGCCGAAAAGCCAAAGCUUACUUUGCCAACUGUGCCAAUCGCAACUUUGUCAGCGGUUCCUCGACCAUUGCAGUCUUACAACUACGUACCGGUGCCGAGGACGUCGACCUUCUUGGGUCAAGACUCCGCUUCUCUUCUGCCUCUGGGGUCGAGUUUGCCCAGCCUGUCGUCGGUGGGCAGUCAAGCCACCGGUGUGUUCAGCAGUUUACCUGGCGGGUUAAGCGGUGGCAUAACUGCGGGCAUACCUGCGAACAUAGCGACAACGGUUCCAGCCAGUAUGCCAACUUUAAACUUCGCGCAAAAUUUCCAGCACAUAGACCAGACCCGACAGUUUGAACCGGCGAGGAGUAACUCGUUUUCCCCAGGAUUGCAGCUGCAGCUGGGCGGCUUCGGUGGCAUAGAUUACACCUUACGCUCGCCUAAUCCUGCCCCACGGCCCUUUGAGCUCGGGAUCGCAAAAGUGGGCUUAAGUUUGCCGGAAUUACCACGACAGCAGCUUUCCACGCUUUCCAAGGUAAAUUUUCCAGAAGUAAUUGCCAGCUAG